CGACAUGCUGCUGGAGGAGGUCCGCGCCGGCGACCGGCUGAGUGGGGCCGCGGCCCGGGGCGACGUGCAGGAGGUGCGCCGCCUUCUGCACCGCGAGCUGGUGCACCCCGACGCGCUGAACCGCUUCGGCAAGACGGCGCUGCAGGCCAUGAUGUUUGGCAGUACCACCAUCGCCCUCGAGCUGCUGAAGCAAGGUGCCAGCCCCAAUGUCCAGGACAGCACUGGUGCCAGCCCGGUCCAUGACGCUGCCCGCACUGGAUUCCUGGAUACCCUGAAGGUCCUCAUGGAGCAUGGGGCUGAUGUCAACAUGCCUGAUGGAACUGGGGCACUCCCCAUCCAUCUGGCAGUGCAGGAGGGCCACGCUGCCGUGGUCAGCUUUCUGGCUGCUGAAUCUGAUCUCCAUCACAGGGACGCCAGGGGGCUCACACCCCUGGAGCUGGCACAGCAGAGAGGGGCUCAGGGCCUCAUGGACAUCCUGCAGGGGCACAUGGUGGCCCCACUGUGACCUGGGGCCACCCUCACUCUCUCCAGCAAGAGAACCCUGCUGGGUUUCUGUGAGAAGCAGAAGAAGAAACACUUUCUCUUCUCGCUCCUCCUGUCUAAGGGGGGAGGAUCCCCAGUUUGUGGCUUAUUGGUGUUGAUUUCUGGGGUAUGUGUGUUUGGGGGACGUUUCUCAUUUGUUUUUCUCACCCCUUUUGGUGUGUUGGACAGAGAAGGGCUCCAGCAGGCAACAGCCAUCUAAACGGUUCAGUUUCCUCUGCACCCCAGGCAGCUGGGGCCGCAGAUGAGACCCAAGGGCAGAGCAUUUAAAGCCCCAACUCCAGAGUGAGGUCAUCGCCUUCAGGGCUCGUGGAACCUGGAGACCUUGGCCGGCUGUUCUCAUAGAGAUCUGAAGUGUGCACGCUUCGGGUGUGGGGGGAGGGGGGAGCGUUCCAAAUCAGCCAGAAGGCAGCAUGAGUUCAUUCAUAUUUUGUUGGAAGCUUGUUUUCCAGUCUCUUGUACAGCGUUUUAAAAGAAAUGGAUUCUAUUUAUUAUGCUUUAUGGAAAAAUUGUUGUGCGUGAUAAUUUAAUGUUUUUACCCAUUAAAUUAAGACUUGUGCAUGAUCA